UCCAGAUCUCAGCAUGCAAUCGCCACUGGCCGGACUCCGGGAUCGGGCUUCUGACCCGCGCACCCAUGGUGCAGAACUGGCAGAGGCCUCAAGCAAGACGUCCAGCUCCCGGCUGCCGCCUGCUGGCUCUCCGCUGUGCGCAAGGCCUUGGUGACAUCAUUGGUCCCCGCAGUACGUGGGGCAUAGCUUAGCGUCCACAGAUGCCGACCCCCACCCCCAACCACCGGCUGGCUUCAGAGCCUGAGUAUGGGACUCCCGGCCCAAGGACCCGCAGGGACUCGCCUUCUGCUAUGUUGAGCUUUUCUGAGCCUUCGGUUUCACAACUAUGAAAUGGGUGGGAUGCUAUGGAAUAUGAUGAGAAGCUGGUUCGGUUCCGGCAGGCCCACCUCAACCCCUUCAACAAGCAACUUGGUCCGAGGCAUCAUGAACAGGAACCCAGUGAGAAGGUCACUUCUGAAGACACUCUGCCUGAGCUGCCCGCUGGGGAGCCUGAAUUCUGCUACUCGGAGCGCAUGAUGGAUCUCGGCCUGUCUGAGGACCACUUUUCCCGCCCUGUGGGUCUCUUCCUGGCCUCUGAUGUCCAGCAGCUGCGGCAGGCCAUCGAAGAAUGCAAACAGGUGAUCCUGGAGCUGCCCGAGCAGUCAGAGAAGCAGAAGGACGCUGUGGUGCGGCUGAUCCACCUCCGGCUGAAGCUCCAGGAGCUGAAGGACCCCAAUGAGGAGGAACCCAACAUCCGGGUUCUCCUGGAACAUCGCUUCUACAAGGAGAAGAGCAAGAGCGUUAAACAGACCUGCGAUAAGUGCAACACUAUUAUCUGGGGGCUCAUCCAGACCUGGUACACCUGCACAGGGUGUUAUUACCGCUGUCACAGCAAGUGCCUGAACCUCAUCUCCAAACCAUGUGUCAGCUCCAAGGUCAGUCACCAGGCUGAGUAUGAGCUGAACAUCUGCCCCGAGACCGGGCUGGACAGCCAGGACUAUCGCUGUGCGGAGUGCCGUGCUCCCAUCUCUCUGAGAGGUGUGCCUAGUGAGGCCCGGCAGUGUGACUACACGGGCCAGUACUACUGCAGCCACUGCCACUGGAACGACCUGGCUGUCAUCCCCGCAAGAGUGGUGCACAACUGGGACUUUGAGCCACGCAAGGUGUCCCGUUGCAGCAUGCGCUACCUGGCACUGAUGGUGUCUAGGCCAGUACUCCGGCUCCGGGAGAUUAACCCUUUGCUGUUUAACUACGUGGAAGAGCUGGUGGAGAUCCGGAAACUGCGCCAGGACAUUCUGCUCAUGAAGCCAUACUUCAUCACCUGCAAGGAGGCCAUGGAGGCGCGACUGCUGCUGCAGCUCCAAGACAGACAGCAUUUUGUGGAGAACGAUGAGAUGUACUCUAUCCAGGACCUCUUGGAAGUGCACAUGGGCCGCCUCAGCUGCUCGCUCACUGAGAUCCACACACUAUUCGCCAAGCAUAUCAAGCUGGACUGUGAGCGGUGCCAAGCCAAGGGGUUCGUCUGUGAACUCUGCAAAGAAGGGGACGUGCUCUUCCCGUUCGACAGCCACACGUCUGUGUGCAAUGACUGUUCGGCUGUCUUCCACAGGGACUGUUAUUAUGACAACUCGACCACGUGCCCCAAGUGUGCCCGGCUCACGUUGAGGAAGCAGUCACUAUUCCAGGAACCUGGUCUAGACAUGGAUGCCUAGAACACCAGAGGAGAACACCAGGCACCGUAUCCAACCCUCCGGCUGGUGCCUGCUGGCCUUGCCCACCAGAUGUGCAUUCUACUCUGGAGAACCCCCCCCCCCCCCCCCCCCCCCCCCCAGUACAUCCUCCGGACCUCUCCGUCUUGGGCCAGAAGGAAGUGACUAGUGGCCACCGGGACUCAUUCCUCAGGUGCUUGCAGAGACUUUGAGUGUGUAUGCCUGGCCGUUUAUUGGGUGUGCUGCUAUCGGGGGUCAAAAUGCUGCCUGUGCCCCAUUGUAGGACUCCUUAGGCAGAGAAGCCUGGGUGUGACUCUCCAGGAAGGUGGGGGAGUCGCUUUCUUAUGGCACAGAGCCCUCCAGGCCUUUAAAACCAAUCCUUCUGCACCAUAGAGAUGGCCUUGCUCCUGUCUAGAACGCCCUUACAACUGGUCAGAAACUUCAGAGGCCAGUCCAGUAAGACCAGAGGAUGCCUCCUGACUGAGUUUUAUCUCUGCUGAGGAAGAUUUAGGUUCUACUCAUUGGCACCCAACCCUUUUCGCACCUUGUCUCCCGAGGGAUGUCCGGUUUUCUCUGACUGGGGCUGUUCACUACUGUGUCCCGUGGAUCUUCCCCUGCACCCUGAGAGUUGUCAUCGUCAUCCUUAAUCUGUCAGUCACGUGUGCUUCCCCGCCCGCUUUGUACGAUAGGGAGGGAAGGGGUCUGUGGAGCAUCAUCUCUUGGCAUAUAUGCCUGCUUCUGCCACAGCCUAGUCCACUUUAUCCUGGUGCUCUGAGCCGGGCAGCUAGGAACCCAUCCUAAAGAGGCUUAGCGUCCAGUUCCAUAGGUGGAUCUGUGUCCGGGGAGGAGGUUCUAGGUCAGGCGAGCCUGUCAGUUAUCACUGGCCUUGGUGGCAUUCGGGGGAUGAAACUUUUCCACAGAGGUCACUGUACUGCUGACACAGUGCUCUGCUUGAAGAUGACCAGUUGCUGGGUGUUAACGUAGGAGCCUGAGGUCAAGAGCUAGGAAUAUUUGCUAGACCCCAGCAGGAGGCCCACCACGGCCCAUGCAGGAAGGUCCAAGUUUUGAAGGUGGGUGGGGCCUACGCCUUUCCACCUCCAUGCACACACCCCACAAAUCCUACGAUGGAAGAUGUGUGGAGACGAGGGGAAUCUCACAAUAAUGUGGCUCCUGUCUUUCUUCCUGGGAGGCAGGAGUUGGUUGAGUCUGCCCCUUUGCUCCUUGUCUGUGAAUUGCUGUUGACACACACAGCCAGUGGGCAAAGGCCAGGGCGUGUCACAACCUGGAUUUCCUUCACCUUUAAUGAGGCACAAGAAGGGACUUCUCAGUUGGCCAGUUGAAGCUUAGCUUACUGGCGUGUUUGGGGGAAGGUCGGACACACUGCCACCUCCUCCUCACUCCUCUUUGCCAUCAGGUGGCUUUACUCAUGCUGUUUUUCUGUUUCAGUUUUCCCAUCUGGAAAGCGUUGAGGAGGGGGAGUUGACCUGCCUCAGGGUGAAAGGUCAGGAGUCCUUUGAGUGUGAUGUGGGUCAACAGUGGCUCCCUGUCCCGCUUCCUCUUUGGCAUUAAAGAGGGUCUUAAAACCAAAUGCCAUUUCCCACACCCCCAAAUCUGUGUGUUUCCUGCCAUUGUGUCACAUGUCUGUCCUGAGUCCUUGGCCCUUCUUGAGCCUCCUGUGUAAUCAACAUCACGUUUCCGACUAUAAAUCACACUGUCUAAAGGAAA